UAUAUUGGCUUCCUCUUAAACCCCAUAACAUUAUCGGGACCAGAAAUUCUGACUCUGAUUUCAGGAAUUUGGCGGCCAAUUUAAACGGGUAAAAUUUUCAUUGUACGAUGAUCAACUAAGGCAUGAUGCAGGAAGAAAGGGGCGUAGUGAGCUCUCGGUUCACAUUCCGUGGAGUUGACUACAUAGUCAGCAUAUGGGUGAAUGAUGAUAAUCUACUCACUGUAGAGGUAGAGGAUAGAUUGACUGCAGACCAAUGGAGAGGAUCAUUUGAACCAGCUUAUAUUGAAGACUUAACACACAAAACUGGGAACUACAAGCAGUUUUCCAUCUUCUUGAGUAUGUUAGAAUCAGCAUUGUUACAGAACUCUGAAUCUGUGAGCCUUGAUCUUUUGACCUAUGCUGAUCUUGAGUCGCUUCGUAACCGCAAAGCUGGUCUUGGUACCCGGACUAUCCCAGGGGCUCAGAGGUCUGCACUCAACACUAAACGUUAUCUGAUUGUCACCUACACUGUGGAAUUUGACAGGAUCCAUUAUCCUCUACCUCUGCCCUACCAAGGUAAACCUGAUCCUGUGGCUCUACAAGAUACUGUCAGGGAAUUACGCAAAGAAAUCAAACUUCUCAAAUCACAGCUUACUUCAGAUCGCAAAUCUUCAGAACUUGUUAAGCUGACCAAAGACUAUGAGAAUCUCCUAUUAGAGAAGCAAGAAAUAGAGGAUGCUUUCCUUCGAUACCGAAGAGAAGUGAAGAACACGUCGACAGGUAGUGCAGCCAAAGAGGUCCGCAUUCUCAAAACUGCUAUCCAGAAUCUAGAGGAAGAUUUGGUGAAUGAGAGAAGGAAAUACCAGAGGUCGUCCAGUAAGAGAAGUCAGAAUUACAGGGAGCUGCUGGAGGAGGUUGAAGAACUGAGAGCCAGUGAGCGGAAUCUAAAAGUGCGAGUCAAAAGUCUCACAAAUGAGCUAAGCAUCUUGAAAAGAAAUCCAUCAAGGCGGAGUAGCCGUUCUCCAAUGGUACCCACCCCAUUAUCCCAACGUCAGUCAAGACCUGCUGCUAGGAGACCACCAUCAGCUGACAUAGCGAGAUCUAGGCCUCGAUCAAGAAUAGACACAAGCAGUAGAGAGAGAUCACUUUCAAGGGGUCGAAGGUCAAGUGUGUCAUCGGUGGGGAGUAGGAGUCGAAGCAUCUCACCUGCAGGUGCCAGAGGUCCCAGAUUUGACCCUACAGCUUACAUUCUGGAGAAGAAACGCAGAGAAGAAGAAUCCAAAUUGAAAAGUGCCAGGUUACAGAACAGUGCAGUGCGGUCCAGUGGUAAAUCAAGGUUAGCAGGUUCAGGAGAGAGGGGUAGAACCAGGAAACGGCUAUCAGAUGGGUACAGAGGGUUUCGUUCAAGGAGCUCAUCAGCUGGAAGCAGAAGAUCAUCUGGGGGUGGAGUCAGUGAUGUUGAGGUUCUAUCUGAUGCCUCAGAAGGAAGGAGAAGGAGAUUACGAGAAGUACUACAGCCAGGCAAGACUUCUUCAUCUAAAGCAUGGUCUAGUCCAAAUGUGCCAUUCAGGAGGAAAACUGGAGCUGCUCCCAAAAGAUUAAUGAGUACACCUGAUCCUGACUAUCCAUCAAGGAGAGGGGCUGGUAGCAAGACUAGGAGCAGACCGCUCUCUGAAUACAAUGGCCAAGAUCGGAGUGCAACCCUGUACAAUGAUACGAAUGAGAUGUCGGAAAUUGAUGCAAGACUCAGUGCCCUGCAGCAGUUUAUGAAACAUAAUUUGUAAAGACUGGAUGGCAACCAACCUUGAAGAAUAUGGAAAUCAUUAUAAUAUAUGUAUGGAUUUAAUUCUGUAAAUUGGACAAUUAUAUAGUGAUCUUCCAAGUUCUAUGGAUGGAGAUAACAGUUGAAUGUUCAUUCAAGCGAUCAUUUAUCACUCUAGGAUCGCCAAAGAUUUUCAUUUUUUACAUGGGUGUGUUCAAUCAAUCUUUUGUCUGACUUAAAAAACAAAAUGUCUUUUAAAACACAAACAUGAAACACUGAAAAAGGUGUGUUCCAUGACCUGAUUCUUCAGAGUGGCAUUGCUAAAAAUCUCUUUAAGACAUUGGGGAUAUCAAUUACAACUUCCUGUCAUUGUUGUGGCAUAAUACUCUAGGUUGAGAGAUGAUUCCUGUAUCAACGACUGCACAGUGUUUUUGUUUAAAUGAAGGAUAAACAGGGUUGAUAAAAAGAGCUUGAAUGCUCUCCUGUAUUAACUUUGUUAUAUGAUUAUAUUUGGAGAAAAUUCAUUUGUGGUUUUACUUGAACGCACCCAAACCUGUCUGCUUGAAUCCUUGUGAGUCAUGAAAAAAGAAGAAAUAAAACAGAAGGAAAUUUGUGAUCAUGGCUACCUGAUGAUUGAAAGAUUGAAACAUACAGCAUAUUUUUUAAUCUCAUCAGUCAAUUGCCAAUUCAACAAAGAAUAAUGAUUUUUCGAUUAUAUAAGAGGCUGAAAUUAGCAGCUUAUUAUAAUGAACUUAUCAUAAUUAACUUCAAUGUGCCAAAAAAAAAAAUAGUGAAUGCAUGACAAUCCCCAAAUCUGAUAAUUUUCUAUGGUUCCACCACAAAAUAAUCCUUGUUAAAGAUCUUUCUUUGGCUUUUAUUUAAUCUUGAUAGAAAUAUGUGAAAGAACAUCUAUUACAUUAGGGUGUGGCAGUGAUUCAGUCGUCGUAGGGUCUCUAAAAAAUUGUGUGUCAGUUAAGAGGCUACCAAUGAAAUGGAAAAGAAUAGAAAAUGGCUAUUUUAUGUAAGCAAUUGAUUGUGGCCCUAAGAUAGAAAAAAGUCAUACAAUAAAAUAGCAUACACCGAUCAUAACAUGAAAAAAAACAUAACCCACAAUUGGAUAUACUUGAAACUUUUCUAUAGUUGUACAUUUAGAUGUACACAUGUUUACAAAGUAAAGUCUGUAUAUUGCCUGUCAGCAACUGAGUCUAAUAUUGGAAAAAUUGAACUGCCCAGACUAAUGAAAAAUUGCAAUUUUUCUACAGGGUAUAUUUCCUACUUGUUUUUAUUCUGAAUUACAUUUUGUACCAGUCCUAAUAUCACCUAAUUUUAUGGAAACCUUAAUUGCUUCUGAAAGGGGAUUCCAGGCUAAAAAUAAUAUGAUUUGAACAGAAAAAGAAAUAUCAGACAAUUUACAGUUUUGCAUCAAUUUUGAUGAAACAGUU